AAUACUCAACCGGCUUACUGUCGCUGUUUUUCAAAGAAGCACCUGUGUGGACGUCAACAUGUCUGCCUGCAUUCUACUAAAGAGCUUACAGAAAGUCAACAGAUAUUCACUGAGAGUGUUCAGGGCGCCAUUAGUAGCUGCAUAUCACACAGAGAGAGGUGUUUACGGUUACAGACCGCGCAGAGAGAGCUCGGAGGAAGCGGACGCGGAGCUGUCAGGGCGACUGUCUUCCCUCAAUCAAGAUCAUGGCCUUGCACAGCUGGUGGAGGCCUAUCGAGCACAUGGACACAAGGCUGCUAAAAUUAACCCCUUAAUGCCAGACGCACCUCUCAUGGAGAAGGUACCAGAAAUCGACCUCCUCUACAGCAGCCUCCCCAAAUCCCUGAUCACUGCUGGUUUACGGCACUUUGGCAAAGCUGAGGCCAGUACAGAAGAGGUGGUGGAAUACUUGAAAGACACCUACUGUGGAGGGAUCUCUGUGGAGACCAGCCAGCUGCAGACUCUGCAGGAGCGACUGUGGUUUGCAGAUCGCUUUGAGGAGCUUAAGAAAGAAAGCUUUCCUCCUGAGGAAAGGAGGCAGCUGGCAAAACUAAUGCUUGAAUCUCAGGAAUUUGACCAUUUUCUAGCCAGUAAGUUUGCCACAGUGAAACGCUAUGGAGGCGAGGGAGCAGAAAGCAUGAUGGGAUUUUUUCUAGAGCUUUUCCGUUUUGCAGCAAAGAGCGGAGUAACCGAUGUGGUUAUGGGAAUGCCUCAUCGUGGACGACUCAACUUGCUCACUGGACUCUUGCACUUCCCACCUGAGUUGAUGUUCCGUAAAAUGAGGGGCCUGAGUGAGUUUCCCGAGAACUCCCCAGCCAUCGGAGAUGUGCUGUCUCACCUUACCUCCUCUGUGGACCUAGAAGUGGGUACUGGGCACCCAAUCCAUGUUACCAUGCUGCCUAACCCAUCACACCUGGAGGCCAUCAAUCCAGUGACUCAGGGGAAAACACGUGGCAGACAGCAGGUCAAACAGGAUGGAGAUUAUUCUAAUGAGAGCCACGCUCGGCCAGGAGAUAAAGUCAUCUGUCUGCAAGUUCAUGGAGAUGCUUCGUUUCCAGGCCAGGGAAUUGUACCAGAGACAUUCACCCUGUCCUGCCUGCCCCACUUCAGGGUGGGUGGAAGUAUCCACCUUAUUGUGAAUAAUCAAGUGGGUUAUACUACACCAUCUGAAAGGAGUCGCUCCUCUCUGUACUCCAGUGAUGUUGGGAAGAUGGUGGGCUGUGCUGUCAUUCAUGUGAACGGUGAUGAUGCCGAAGAGGUUCUCAGAGCAACACGGCUGGCCGUGGAGUAUCAGAGACAUUUCAGGAAAGACAUUAUUGUGGACCUGCUCUGUUACCGGCAGUGGGGUCAUAAUGAGUUGGACGAGCCAUUCUUUACAAACCCAGCUAUGUACAAAAUUAUCCGCUCCAGGAAAAGCAUCCCUGACUCCUACGCUGACCAGCUGGUCUCGGAAGGGCUUAUGACCGAGGAAGAAUGCAGUCAGAUCAAGACUUCCUACUACUCCAUGCUCAACGAUCGCCUUGCUAACAUGACUUUGUACAGCCCUCCUCCCACCAACCUGCAGGGUCGCUGGGGAGAUCUUGUGGAGCCACAGAACCGGAUUUCAUCCUGGGACACUGGUGCACCUGUUCCUUUGCUUCAGUAUGUGGGGGCAAAGUCAGUGGAGAUACCUGAGCAUAUCCAGAUGCAUAGUCACCUCAUGAAGACUCAUGUAAAGUCAAGACUGCAGAAACUUGAAGAUGGAAAAACACUGGACUGGUCCACUGCUGAAGCUCUGGCUUUCGGAACGCUUCUCAGUCAAGGUUUUAACGUGCGCAUCAGUGGCCAGGAUGUUGGUCGUGGUACAUUCAGCCAGCGCCAUGCUAUGGUUGUGUGUCAGGAAACCAAUGACAUGUACAUACCUCUCAAUCACAUUGACUCUCAACAAAAAGGCCAUCUGGAGGUCUGUAACAGUGCGCUGUCUGAAGAGGCAGUGUUAGGUUUUGAAUAUGGCAUGAGUAUUGCACAGCCCAAACUGCUGCCCAUUUGGGAAGCUCAGUUUGGAGAUUUCUUCAAUGGAGCACAAAUAAUCUUUGACACUUUUGUCUCUGGAGGUGAGGCAAAGUGGUUGCUGCAGAGCGGCAUGGUUAUUCUGCUGCCACAUGGCUAUGACGGUGCUGGACCUGAACAUUCAUCAUGCCGUAUUGAGCGUUUCUUACAGCUGUGUGAUAGUAAGGAGGAAGGCAUCGAUGGAGACACAGUAAACAUGGGGGUGGUGAAUCCCACAACACCUGCUCAGUACUUCCACCUGCUGAGGAGACAAAUGAUCCGAAACUUCCGCAAACCUCUUAUUGUGGCAUCACCCAAAUCCCUGCUGCGAUUUUCAGGGGCAGUUUCGAGUCUUGAAGAGAUGAGCCCAGGCACUUCUUUUAAGCCUGUAAUUGGGGACAACUCUGUUAAUCCUGAGAGUGUGCAGCGGGUGCUGCUUUGCUCAGGCAAGCACUAUUAUGCGCUGCUGAAGCAGAGAGAGACGAUUCCUGAGGCAUGCAAGAACACAGCACUGAUCAGGGUCGAGGAGCUGUGCCCUUUCCCCACAGACGCUCUGCAACAGGAGCUUCACAAAUAUAGAAAUGCCAAAGAUUUUAUCUGGAGCCAAGAAGAGCCGCAGAAUAUGGGAUGCUGGACUUUUGUGUCACCCAGAUUUGAAAAGCAGCUUGCCUGUAAACUGAGGCUGGUCAGUAGACCUGCCCUGCCUGCCCCUGCUGUGGGUAUCGGUACCCUCCAUCAUCAGCAGCAUGAAGCAAUUCUCACAGCCUCCUUCUCCUGAGACUUCAAAAAGGAUUAACUAACUUGACCCACAGUGAUGGUGAUACCCCAUGUGGUACAGCUAUCUGCAGACAGAACAGUUCAUCCUACCAGUACUUGCCACUUUUUCAACUGUCCUAAUCAAACAUUUUGGCCGAGUUUACAUUACUCAUGUAAACAUGUAAUCAUUGUGUAUGUCAGAGUAUCCAUGUUUAUAUAGAAGAAUAUUGAAUUCUGAUAGAAGUUUACUGAGUAAACAUUAGAAAGCAUGUACUAUAUGCUGCUCUGUAUGAAUGCUAUUUUGACACCCUGGAGUUAAAGUAAAUGUUUAAUUAAUAUGAAGUAUUCAUAUCUAGCAGUGUGUAAAGAUUACACGAUUAGUAUUAAGCAUUACUGAGAGACAGCAAGUCCUGCUGUAUUUUUCAAAGCAUAGAUUAUAAAACAAUGAAUCUAUUUUUGUCAUUUUAUUAAAUAUAAACGUGUCUAGUCAUCAUAUUCAUCAAGAGGAACACGAAUAUUAUUUGAGAUAAAAAGUCAAUAUAAGCACAAAACGAAUAGCAUACCUUGAGUAUUUAAAACAGAUAAUCAAAUAUAAAUUGAUAAAGGUACUGUUGAACAUUUCUAAACUGUUUUCAUGUGUUUUUUUAUUUUACAAACUAAACUGUUUAUUCGUUGGAUGAAUAUUUCAGGGCAUGCUAAUCUAUCCAGGUACAAUUUUUACUCACUUUUACUUUUGUGUUGGUGCAAAAAAUUCAACACGUAAGGGCUAUGUAAAUUCUGAAUGAAUGUAGGAUUUCACUGUCACAGUGUUUUCCAUUUUUAAAACAUGUAGAAGCAUGUAAAUUAUAGGUAUAACACAGAUAGACUGAGGUGUGCAGUCUUUUUCCCUUAAUGAAACUUGACCCUCCAUUCCCCAAAAUUUGUAAAUCACCAAUCACAGAGUAAUUGGUUACAUAUUUAAUGCCAACUGACAAUCUGAGGUUGAGGCAGCUGAGUGACACAGCAGUAAAUUACACUAGCCCACUACCGCUGGGAUUCAGGGUUCGAAUCCCCGAUGGGUGAUGUUGGCCCAUCGGUCAUUAACAUACAGACGUGAACGUACAGAUAAUUACUAUCUCUGCUGAAGAAGGAUGGCCAAGGCCCUGUGAUAGAUGGACCCAUGAACCUGACCAGGAUAAAACAUUAAAAUAAAAUAAUAAUGUUGCUAAAAAUAGUUCACGAAACAAGCACUUUGCCAUUCUGGAAUGUAAUUUUUGUCAAAAGUCACUUUUUAGUUUAAAUGAACUGCAUAUGCUCAUACAGAAUUAUUAUGUCCCUUAAGGAUCACUUUCUUGUUGUAGAUGGUAUAAACAAAUGUAAUGAUACAUGAGUGUAUGAGUGUUUUGAACUUCAGUUGUGUCACAUGGAAAUCUGUUAAUGCCUUUUUGUAACAGAAAUGAUGAAUAUGGGAGUUUUAAUGUUGUCACAGUGUACUACUGCAUGUGGGCUAGUGUAAAGCACAUCAUGCAUAAUCCUACUGCUACAAUAACUGUAACUGUGGGGCAGUUUUAAGCUCGGAUCCUGAAGUACCUUUGCAAUUUAUGUUUACCUGUUUUGUCUUGGGUAAUUCAAAAUGAGUUGUUAAUUUUUUCUUAUAAAUAUUAAAUCAGAAGGUGUGUA